AUGAAUGGAAAAGGUCUAGACAACAAAAUUAUGCUUGCUAGUGUUGGUGUUUUUGUUGGUCGCAAGAACAAAUUCAUAGAUUCGUGCAAUUCUGAUAAUACCGAUGGAAAAAAAGAUUGCAAUAAAGAUUAUAGAAAUACUUUAAUAGGUAUUAUCGUUAUUGUCGUUGUUACUAUCCUUUUAUCGGUUUAUUUUGCAAUAGUUGUGGAUUCAUACGCUAAAAGACGUGAAAACAAAGAAAGAAAUGCAGAAAAUUCUGGCUAG